UCCGGUCUUUGUCUGUCCCGUCCGUGCCCGGGGCAGGGAGCGCUGCUGCCACCAGCGCCCUGCGCUGUCGCACCCACCUCCUCCGUAGCACGCUGCCCCGGCAUGGCCCGCACUCCUCCUGUGCCCCCCGCACGCCCAGAGCCCCUCCGCCCCUCGCAGCCCCACCUCCUCCCGCACCGUGCACCCCAGUCCCCCGGGAUUCCCCAUGUCCCCGAUCCCUCUCCACAUUCCCCCACUGCCUUCCCCCUGUCUCCUCCUCCUCUUCCUCCUCCUCCUCCUCCUCUCCUUUCGGGUUUGAACACCCCCUGCCCCCCGCAGACCUGCCUCCCCUCCGCCGCUCGCACAGCUCUGCCCUGCCCUGCCCGCCAGGCUCUCCGGACCGGCGCCUCCGGACAGGUGAGCCAGAGCACCCACGAUUAUGGAAACUUCUUCCACCUUCUCUUCUUUCCUUUUCCUGUGCGUGCUGCUUCUUUCAGACAUCAGCCUUGCAAUCUCCCUGAACCCUGGCACAAAGCUCAAAAAUGCCCCAGGGAGCAACCACCACCUCCAAAACCAAGAGAUGUGGCUGCAGCAGCCCAGAACUGGGCGCCACCACAGGCAAGGCUUGGCCAAGAAGGAGAAGAUGCCUUCAAGAGGGCAGCUGGCUGGGGAAGAGAGCCUCAGGAUGGGCAGUGGAGCUUCAGCUGUGGAAGAGCUGGGGGCAGAGGGACAGCCAGCAGCCCUGAAGCAGAAUAAGGAUGUUUUCCUGGGGUUUGAAUCGUAUCCUGAGAGGGAAAACCAGUCGCCAGGCUCUGAGAAAGGAAAGAAGCAGAACCGAGAGCAUCGUCGGUACAGCCGCAGGGACAGGCUCAAACAUCACCGAGGGAAGACUGCUGGUGCUGGGCCAAGCUCCCUGUACAAGAAACCCAAAAGCUCUGAAGAACAGUUUCAAAAUCUCCAGGCAGAGGAAGCUCCAAGUCUGACUCCCAGCCCACUGCUCACUGCUGCACUGGACACAGCUGUUUCCACAGAGGAGCCUCCUGUUCUUCCAGCCACCUCACCACGGUCACAGGCUCGCCUCAGGCAAGAUGGGGAUGUGAUGCCCACCUUGGAUAUGGCACUCUUUGACUGGACUGAUUAUGAGGAUCUCAAACCAGAAAUGUGGCCAUCUGCUAAAAAGAAAGAAAAACGCCGCAGUAAGAGCCCCAACAGUGGAAAUGAAACCACAACAGCUGAAGGAGAGCCAUGUGAUCACCACCUUGACUGCCCCCCAGGCUCUUGCUGUGACCUACGUGAACACCUCUGCAAGCCACACAAUCGAGGCCUUAACAACAAGUGCUAUGAUGACUGUAUGUGCACUGAAGGGCUGCGCUGUUACGCCAAAUUCCACCGGAACCGAAGAGUGACCCGGAGGAAGGGGCGCUGUGUGGAGCCCGACUCAGCCAACGGAGAGCAGGGAUCUUUCAUUAACGUUUAGGAGGGUGGGACUCCUGCCUGCAUGGUCAGGAGCUGGGCUCAAACUCUUUAUACCUAGCAGUGGGAAUUAGAGGGAAAAGCUGAGCAAAUGAGGGAAGCUGCAGGCUCUGAACGUGCCAGGUCCCAGCUAGACUGAAAUUGGUGUUCAUUAUAAGUACAGUGGCAUCAGCCCUUUCCACAGCAGGACUGCACUCCCUGUCCCUCCCUUCAGCACAUUCCUGCCACUGAAUUGAGUCCCCCCCUCCUAGUUAGUGAGCAAUGAUCAUGACUCCCAUUCUGAUGGUCCUGGCAGCAAAAGCUGUGCAGUUUCAUCUUCUCUCAAGACAGGCAAGAUGUGGAAGAUCCUUCAGGGCCAAGGGGAUAUGAGCUUAAGCUUUACCCCUUAAUUAUUGCUUGAGAAUAAAGGUAGACAGAUCCUCCUUAAGGACUGGAAGUUCCUAGAGGAGAGGAAAUUUGUAGCAUCCAGGUGGAAUCAAAGAUGGGAGAUUGAUCAGCUGCCUGCCCAGGUGAGAGAGGCAGACCUCUUGCUCUCUCCCUUUUUCACUGCUCCAGACAUAUUCCUUAGCUAUUCCACACUACCACUGCAUCCUGGGACCUGUCAUCUUUGGGACCAUCCAAUCCCACUCCAUCCCUCCUUUCUUGCUUUCAGAGAACCACCUGGUUUCUGCAAGGAUGUGGCAACACAUCCCAGCCUGUAGCUCUCACUCAUUUUUCUAUCCUGCCAGGUCUGUUAUUUUUAAUUACUAUUUUUAGGAGCUUUCUGGGGAAGUGAUAGUUUUCCUAGUGAGCCAAAAAUAUUUUUUUUGGUAACAAGAGAUAGGGACAGGUUGUUCCAUUGUAGUAAAACCUGUGACAUGUUGCAUGUGUGUUUCUGUGAUAUGUAAAUAAAGAUAUGAUGGAUA